AUGCCACUCUCCAAGCUCACGCGGAGCAUACGCAAGUUCCGCAAUAAGAACACACCAGCACAGUCAGAUGGAUCCAGUGAUGCGUCGGCGACCUCCAGCACAUCUGCAAUAAUCUCGACAAAUGCUCCCUUCGGUACAGUCGCCGAGGGUAAAGUGGUCUCGCGACACGUCGGAUUCGAACAAAGCACCGAUUGUGCUCCGCCGCUCUCGCGCGAAGUCCAGAUCCCAGUCCCCGAACUGGUCCCAGAACCUGACAUCAACAUGCCGAAAUGGAGCCUUCCCGUCGCGACUGCACUAAUUCUACACGCUAUGGACAGCGCACUCGCGGAGCUUGCGCCCAUCCAAGACAAGCUCAACGCUGGACCAACGCACUCUCCGCGCUCACCGAACCCUCUCAAAGAACGGGGUGAGCAGCUCGCCAUGCUCGCCAAUCGGGGCUGUGAAGCUGUGUCGAGCGAUGUCGGGGCUCUGGCAGCUUCAGAUGUCGCGCAGAAGAUUGAGCGCGGCAUCCAACGCUUCGCCGACAACAUCCCUUGGCUCAUGAAAAGUCUCGAUGAGCUCGCGAAGAUCCAUCCCGCUGUGACAGUGGCCGUUCUGGCUUUCAAAGCCGUCUACUACCUGGAGUCGACGCGCCAGGAGAAUGACCGAAGGGUCAUGACCUUGUACGUGACCAUGAAAGACGUGAUGGUCGCCAUGGUGCAACUCAAAGACAUAGAGAGCACCUCCCAUCGAGGGCUCGAUGGACAAGCGAUCGAGGAUCGACUGGAGGCGCUCUCGAAACAGACGGCGGCAGAUAUCAAAGCGUGCGCCAACCUGUGCGACACGUUCCUCAAGAAGCGCACCUUGGCGCGCGUCUUCAAAGGCCCCAUAUGGGCCGACAAGCUGGCAUCCUGGGUCGAUGUCUUCACCGAGCGGAAGGGCGGCUUCGAGUUCGCUCUCGCCAUGCAUUCCGCGACUACGGUGUCCGACGUGAAGCGCCAGAACUACGAGAUGAGCGCGAAACUGGACGUCAUCCUCGCGCUCUUCAACAAGUUCGCGCCCGAGGACGAGCGCAAGGUUGAGAAGGCAAUCAGCGAGGCCGGUGGCAUCACCACUGCGCGCAAAGACGAUGAGGUCCUCAAGUCCCUCAUCGCGAUCUCCGUCUCGAUGCGCGCUGAUGCACCUGGCGCCGACCCACGACGCGCCGGAGUUCCCGCGCCCGAAGCGCAAGGGCGCGUGGGCGCGGGUGCGGGUGGACGUCGGCAGAUCGUGGGCAAAGGCGCGCGGGGCAAGGACAGCGCAUCGCUCGACGAACUCAAGGCGGAGCUUCGGGAAGACGUCGACGACGCGCUCGAGCGCAACUUCGAGACGUUCACGGGGAAGUUCCAGCUCCAAAUCGGCAUCCUCCAGGACGCUCUCGAGCGGUACAUCCGGGCGGAGAACGAUCGGGUGAUUGACGCGGUCACAGGGGCGAUGGCCAAGGGUCCACACAUGCGCAUUCGCGAUCCGGAGAUGAGGCAGAUCUGGCAUGACAUGAACUGGCGAGGAAGCGUCAAAGCUCGCUCGUUCGUCCUGACAUUACAAGAGUACUAUCGGGAGCUUUUUGACGAAGCGAUUACCGGAAAGGCGUCUAACGAUAGCGACCAGUGGGCCCUUACAUACCUCAGCGUCCCGUGGUUACUCAUGGACAUGCGACCACUGUCGCUCACCUGGAGUAUCCCCCAUUGGAUCGCAUACUGGGCCAUAGGCGCGUCUGCGCUCCAUGCAUGCGCGUGCGUCAUCGAUAUCCGCGACAUCAUUCCGAAGAUUCUCGCGCGAAACCGACGAGAAGGGGACCACUUCCUCAACAACCACUGGACAUGGAUCGCGAAGCUCGUGCAUGGGUUCUUGGUCCCCGACCCUCCCGAUCAGGCGUACGGUUUGAUCGAGAGGUUUCACGAGAUGACUGCUCUGGAGGAGAAUCGCCUACGCGGGAACUUGGAGAAGGUCAAGUACCACAUCGACGCAACCGACACUCUGACUCUCGUGCUCGGACGAAACGCACUGGAAAAGUCUAUUUGCUUCUUUGCAAUGAAGAUGCUCAAUGCUGCUACCGAAGUAGCCCUCACCAAAGGCUGUUUCGAACGCUGCGCGAAUUCAUUCCAUGAGGUUCAGUCUGCGGUCAUCUCGCGUGUAAGCGAGCUGCAGACGCUCUUCGAGCAACAGCACGAACAGUUCGACUGGUGCUACGGGCCAUCCGCUGCGAUGUUGUUGGACAAGACGCCCCACCGCACCAACGGCGCAUGCUUUGUGUGCCUCGACUGCGACGUCGACGACUUUUCCAUCCGGCCCACGUUCUGCUCCCAGCCGGCGUGUCUCCAAGUCGAGAUCCGGGAAAGCCCGGGUACUCGGUUGAACGGUUCGACUCUCAAGAAGCCGCUUGUGCACCUCCCUACGCACGAUCUCCUCAAAGUGCGGACGCCCAUGACUCACCCGGAAUGGAUGGACGUGUGCGGUUCUGCUCAAAUUCGCUUGGAGUUCAUGAGGAACCCGGACAACGGGCCUUCGCUCAGGCCUGAGUCGACUGAAUCAAGCACGGAUACAGCUGCUCCUGCGGAAGAAUCUUCGGGGCUGGACCAAGACGUCCCGGAACCGAGCGACGCCGGCGAGACAGACGAUACUGCGCCCGUCCCAUAUACUUCCCGGCCAGACGAAGCGCAUGAGCCAGAGGCCGUCACGAGCGAGGCCAGCCAGGUUCCCGAAAGCUCACAUCCAACGCCUUCAGCACCAUUGUCAGCCACUCUUGACCCCGUGGCUCUUCCUACAGUCAACGAUCAUGGGACGGUCGUCCAGCUAGACGCUCUCAACCUUCAAGGUAUCGAGACUUCGCCGAUUGAACUUCCCGCGGUCGACGUCCCCGAGAAUUCGUCCACACCGUCGUCACCCCCGGGAUUGGCCGUGUAUGGCUUGCUGACAGAAGUAUACAUGAACGAGUGCUGGCUCUGCAUCACCUGCUUCGGUUCGUCCGAGGAGUCUCUCUUUGGCCUCGAAUCCAUUGACUUCAUUUUGACGCGCCUAUUGACUCCAUAUUUCGUCUGCGACGCGUGCGAGGAGAAGACGCUCAUCCGCUGCCGGGAAUGCAUGCGGCCGUUCCCCCAGCCGAGUGGUUCUACGGCCACAAAAGCGGCGAACACUUUCCUUUCACGCCCGGCCACGACCCCAACGCGCCGGACGACCCGCGCGGGCGACGGUGCGAGCGAGGACGCGCGGACGCAGGCGCGGCGGCUCGCCGCGCUCGAGGACGGGCUCGCGUCGAUGGGCACGCGAUUCGAGCGGCUGGAAGAGCGGCUGGCAGCGCUGCAGCGGGAGUUGGAGGAGCGCGCGGAGCGGCACCAGCACGAGAUAGAGGAGCGGCGGCGCCAACGCGAGUUGGAGGAGCGGCUCGUCGCGCGGUUCAGCGAGAUCCUGGUGCGCGCGCCCGCGGCGGGCAGGACAUCGUAA